AUGGGACGUAGCGGAAAGGGCCCCAAAAACAACAAGCAAAAACUGGCUCCCGAGAAGGAGAGGUUCAUCCAAUGCUGUUCGGACAUCACUUUAGAGUUGACCAGCUCUUUGACCUCGGGUACUACUAGAGAAAUAAACCUGAACGGCUUGAUUACCAAGUACUCCAAGAAAUACAAGCUGAGGCAGCAGCCAAGACUCACGGACGUUAUUAAUGCCAUCCCAGACCAGUACAAGAAGUAUCUGCUUCCGAAAUUGAAGGCUAAACCGGUGAGAACUGCAUCAGGGAUUGCAGUCAUUGCAGUCAUGUGUAAGCCUCAUCGUUGCCCGCAUAUCGCGUAUACGGGUAACAUCUGUGUCUACUGUCCUGGCGGUCCGGAUUCGGAUUUCGAGUACUCAACCCAGUCGUAUACCGGUUAUGAGCCUACCUCGAUGCGAGCUAUCAGGGCUCGUUAUGAUCCGUACGAACAGGCUCGCGGGAGAAUCGAGCAGUUGAAGCAGCUGGGACACUCGAUUGAUAAGGUUGAGUAUAUUAUUAUGGGUGGCACUUUUAUGUCCCUUCCCAAGGACUAUCGAGAAGAUUUCAUUGUUAAACUUCACAACGCGCUGUCUGGUUUCAAUGGCAACGACAUUACCGAGGCAAUCCAAUAUUCGCAGCAAAGUUUGACCAAAUGUGUUGGUAUAACGAUUGAAACGAGACCCGAUUACUGUACUCAAACGCAUCUAGACGAUAUGUUGAAGUAUGGUUGUACAAGACUGGAGAUCGGCGUCCAAUCGCUUUAUGAAGAUGUGGCCCGUGACACGAAUAGAGGGCACACCGUGAAAGCAGUCUGCGAAACGUUCAGCGUUGCAAAGGAUGCAGGAUACAAGGUUGUCUCUCACAUGAUGCCUGAUCUCCCCAACGUGGGCAUGGAGAGGGACAUUGAGCAGUUCAAAGAGUAUUUUGAGAACCCAGCGUUCAGGACGGACGGGCUGAAGAUCUACCCUACUUUAGUCAUCAGAGGCACUGGUCUGUAUGAGCUGUGGAAGACCGGCAGAUAUAAGUCGUACAACGCCAACGCCCUGGUGGAUCUCGUGGCAAGAAUCAUGGCGCUUGUUCCGCCUUGGACCAGAAUCUACCGUGUUCAAAGAGAUAUCCCUAUGCCUCUAGUCACAUCUGGUGUUGACAACGGUAACCUAAGAGAGUUGGCUUUAGCGAGGAUGAAAGAUUUUGGCACCAAAUGUCGAGAUGUAAGGACGAGAGAAGUUGGCAUCCAGGAGGUUCAUCACAAGGUUCAACCCGAUCAGGUGGAAUUGAUCAGAAGGGAUUACUACGCCAACGGAGGUUGGGAGACUUUCCUGUCGUACGAGGAUCCCAAGAAGGAUAUCCUGAUCGGUCUGCUGAGAUUGAGGAAGGCAUCGAAGAAAUACACAUACAGAAAGGAAUUCACCUCUCAGAGAACGUCGAUCGUUAGAGAGCUGCAUGUCUACGGAUCCGUGGUACCUUUGCACUCCAGGGAUCCUCGCAAAUUUCAACAUCAGGGUUUCGGUACUCUUUUGAUGGAGGAAGCGGAGCGGAUAGCCCUGGAAGAGCAUGGCUCUGAGAAAAUUUCGGUCAUUUCCGGUGUUGGAGUAAGAACGUACUACGGUAAGCUAGGCUACGAACUUGAUGGACCUUACAUGUCGAAGAAACUCGUACCCUCUUACUGA